UGAUGUUUUUAUAAAUAUUUCAACAGACUAUAAAUGGUGUUAUAUGUGGAGUAAUUUUCUUGGGGACUAGAUUAUACAUGCAAGAGGUGAAUAAUGAGCAGAAGAAUGCAGAUUCCACUUCAUUGGUGUUGCUCAAUACCAGAAACAUUGGUGGCUACAAAUCUGUGCAGGAGAUGGUGAAAACAGAUGCAGAGUCACCGUGGGGGAACCAAUUUGCCUUUAUUCAUGUUUCUCUCCCACAUUUGACUGAAAACGACUUAACAAAUCCUCUAAACUUUGCACUCAAAACACAAGAAACUAUAAUGAGGAAGAAAAACUCGGCAGCAGUACUUCUCACGGGAAAAUUACUUGACGCGGUUAGGAGGUAUAGAGGACCUGAGGUGACUGCUAAAUACAUUCAUAGCACGCUUAAGAACACAAGCAUGACAGUAUCAAACGUGAUUGGACCAGUGGAAAGAAUGGCUUUGGCAAAUCAUCCUGUUAAAGGCUUGUACUUCAUGGUUGUUGGGGUUCCUCAGAAUCUUACAAUAACUAUGGUGAGCUACAUGGGACAGCUGAGGAUUGCAGUGGGAACAGAAAAUGAGCUAAUAGAUCCUCUCAAGUACAAAUCUUGUGUUGAAAAUGCCUUUGAUAUAAUGUUCAAAGCCGCCACUGCGGCAACUCCGCCGCCAAAAAAUAUAUGAGAUUUCUAUUGCUUUACCAUAAUUCAUAUUUUCCCUUUUUAUUUAAUAGGUUCUCUUUUAUGAUGGCAGUUUUACUUUCUUUUCUUCCUUUUAGCCCUUAAUUUUAUGCAUUUUCACAUGAUCAAAAUUAUAGUACUUUACGAAUUACAAGGAUUGAUAUUGGAAUAAUAUUCUUUGCAUCA